UCUAGCCGAGAGCCUCGAGCGCAGAGUCCGCGUUUAGUCAACGGCCAACGGCGAACUUUUGGCCUGCCGAACGAAAUAAAACCAACACCAACAAGCCUGCCUUUACCACUCGUCAACGUCGUCUUCUUCUUCUCUGCGUCUCUUUCUGCUUCCUGAGAUACCCCUUUCCAUUGUGCGCUGCAGCAACCUCCUCCACCGCCCAUCAUGACGCUCCCAGAACACCCGAUUGAUACCCCGCCUCGCGCUCCUUCACCCGUACAUCGCUUUGGCACUCUCGCCGUGCACGCUGGCAGCCCGCACGACCCAGUAACAGGUGCUGUCAUUGAGCCGAUUUCGCUCUCCACCACCUUCGCCCAGACCAGCGUAGGAAAGCCUGUGGGCGAAUACGAGUACUCGCGCUCCUCCAAUCCCAACAGAGACAACUUCGAACGCGCCAUCGCCGCCCUCGAGCACGCCCGCCAUGCCCUCGCCUUCAGCUCCGGCUCCGCAACCACGGCCACCAUCCUCCAAUCCCUCGCCAGCGGCUCGCACGUCGUGUCCGUCUCGGACGUCUACGGCGGCACGCACCGCUAUUUCACCAAAGUCGCGCUGACGCACAACGUCAAAGUGACCUUCACGCCGAGCAUCGAGAUCGACAUCGCCGAGCUGAUCCGGCCCAACGAGACCAAACUCAUCUGGAUCGAGACGCCGUCGAACCCGACCCUCUCGCUCGUCGACAUCCGCAACGUCGCCACCGUCGCCCACCAGCACGGCAUCCUCGUCGUCGUCGACAACACGUUCCUCUCCCCUUACGUGCAGAACCCGCUCGACCACGGCGCCGACAUCGUCGUCCACUCCGUCACAAAGUACAUCAACGGCCACUCGGACGUCGUCAUGGGCGCCUGCGCCUACAACUCGGACGACCUGCACCAGCGCCUCUCGUUCCUGCAGAACGCCAUCGGCGCCGUGCCCUCGGCCUUCGACUGCUGGCUCGCCCACCGGGGUCUCAAGACGCUGCACCUGCGGGCUAGAGAAGCGACCAAGAACGCGACCGCGAUUGCGCAGGCGCUCGAGGCCUCGCCGCACGUCAUCGCUGUUAAUUACCCCGGUCUCCCGUCCCACAGGCACCACGCCAUCGCCUUGAAACAGCACCGCGACGGCAUGGGCGGCGGCAUGCUGUCGUUCCGUAUCAGGGGAGGGCACGAGGCGGCUGAGCGCUUCUGCCAGGAGACCAAGAUCUUCACACUCGCUGAGUCGCUGGGCGGUGUGGAGAGUCUGGUCGAGGUGCCCGGUGCGAUGACGCAUGCGGGGAUCCCCCGCGAGCAGAGGGAGAUUGCGGGUGUGUUUGACGAUUUGGUGCGUGUGAGCUGUGGGGUCGAGGAUGAGCGGGAUUUGGUCGCCGAUGUGUUGCAGGCGCUUGAGAAGGCGGUGGUGGGUGCGGGUGCGGGGAAGAAGGGAGGAAACGGUGUUAAUGGGACUGCUUAAGCGUCGGUGUGUUUACCUUGGGUGGGAGUUUGGGAGUCUCUUAUACCGUUUUCAUUUCUUGAGGAGCGGGCGGGCAUUUGCAUUGCGUUUUUCUUCAUGACGGUUUUAAGGACUGGUCGUACUAUGAGGUAUGAAGGGAGAGCGACAUGGUGCUACUCUCUCUGCAGGUAUAGACAGGCACAGAUGAUAGACGA